AUGGAAUUCGAGGAUUUCGAGACCCACAAAUCCAACUCUUCUGCUGAGAUACACCUAUGCCACACCUGGUGCAAUAUUCUCGAUGUAGGUACCCUCGAAUCAUACCUCGCGACCGUGAAGGGCUGGUUAGACCGCAACCCUUUCGAAGUCAUUGGCAUUAUCAUGGGCAACAACGGCGAUGGUACGAGGAUACCAGCAACGGACUACAUAGCGCCCUUCCAAGAUUCUGGGAUGAUGGAGUAUCUGUGGACACCGCAUUCGAUCACUAUGAACUUGUCCGACUGGCCCACCCUGGCAGAGAUGAUUAUAAGAAACAAACGUGUGGUAGUAAUGCUCGACUAUGGUGCAGAUCAAGAGCAAGUUCCGUGGUUGCUCAGCGAGUUCAACUACCAAUGGCAAACAACAUUCUCACCCAAAGAUUCCGCGUUCCCGUGUACACAGCAACGACCUCCAGAUCAAGUAAAGGAGAUAUCCGGCGAGCGCAUGUACACCAUGAACCAUAACUUGAAUAUUCCACUCAACUUGUUUGGGUACCACAUUUUGAUACCAGCACACACACUUUUCGACCAAAUCAAUGCAGUUUCCGGCUACAUGAGUCUUGGGCUCAAUGUUCAAACUUGCAGGCGCAUGUGGAACCGCCCGCCAAAAUGGAUCCUCGUCGACUAUUACAACUAUGGUGACUUUAAUGGAUCUGUCUUUGAGGUGGCGGCAGUAGCCAACAACGUCAUAUUCAAAAAGAGACAGUGCUGCGGGUCUCACGUCAUCAGCGCAGCAACGCUGAUACCCAACUCUAUGGACCUCUCUACUCAGCCACACGAUUUGAUUCCGAUAGCAAACAAGAUGUCUGCUGAAGCUCUGAAUGAAGAAACGGCACCUGAGCGGCAGGGGCUCAACGACGAACAUUUCAGACUCGUGGAUCUUCCGAUUGAGAUACGUCUGCUUUUCUUCGAGUUCGUUCUAGGUCCUCUUAUCUAUUUGUUCAGCAAGAUAUCUAAUAGCGCUCUGCUAGGCCAGAUCUCUAUGGUUCACUUCCAUCUGGGCUAUUGCUUGACUCGUAACCCGAUUCUUGCGCUUCUUCUUGUCAACAAGCUCACCCAUCACCAAGCAAUGCAAGUAUGUUGGGAGAACACGCCAAAACACCUCACCUCAACAUCCCAUCUUUACAUGGUCCUCUUGACAGACAUCAAGCCCGCAUACAACUGGCUAAAUUACCUUGUACUCGACUUUAUCAUGGACGAAUGGUUCGGUUUCCUCGGCGUCCUCACUGGUCCAGACUUCUACAUAGAAAGCGAUUGGUCUUUCGGGGAAGUGUUCAAUAUGCUUCCCACCCUAAAAAGUCUUCAACUACGAUUCCGCGAUUCCAGAGGAUGUUGCAAGUACGAUCCUCACAACAACAACACUCCUAUCUGCCAGAGUAUCUUGGUGGACUGGGUCAUGACGUUUGCCUGGUCCUACUUCAAAGACUUACCAAACGUGACUCUCGGUGGGGCUGUCAAGAAGGAUACCAAGGCCGCGUGGGACCAAUGUCUUGCGCUGUAUAAAAGGCGAGCGGACCCUUUCUUCGAUCAUCGCGCUGCAGAGGCAGCGAUCUUUAAUGCACCAAAGUCUUCUCUGCCGCCCUCUUGCUUGUGCGGAGCUCCAUGGGUAUUUCAGGAUACUGUUGAGGACGGGUUUUACGAUGAGCUUGAUCAGUGGUCUUCAUCGAAAUAUUCGGUCGGCUAA